AAGGUAGACGCUUGUGUCUAUCCGACGUGUCUCUUCUCAGCGACUACUUGACGAGUCUGGAGGUCUCCUUUGUAGAGGUUGUGGGACGCUUUCUGGAUUUUUCGAGCUGCCCGGCAUUGAAGGUGUUAAAGCUGAAACACUGUGCAAUAGACGCUGACAGGAUCUCGUCACAAUCACUAACUCAUCUUAUCAUCCAUGAUGUGAUUUUUUGUUCCAAUGGCCGCACUCGCAUUUCUGCCCCAAGUCUUAUUACCUUGCAACUAGGUGAGUUUGCGGGUUAUACUCCUCUGCUUGAGCCUAUGCCAUCACUGGUGAGGGCAUUUCUCAGGUUUGAAGAAAACUGUGAUGAUUAUUGUGAGAACGAUAAUUACUUUGGGGACUGUGACAGUGAGUCAUGUGAUGGUUGCUCCUACAGCAAGUUUUAUGACAAGGAUGAUUGUGUGCUUCUCAAAGGUCUGUCGGGCACUGUGAAUUUAGAGUUGAUAAGUCCAUCUUAUCUGUUUAUUGGCAGGAUGGAUUUUAAAUGGCGCGUUAUGUUUAGCCAGUUGAAAACAUUGUUGCUUAGUGACUGGUGUGUGGCUGCAGACUUCAGUGGACUAAUUUACUUUGUCCAGCACUCGCCAAUUCUAGAGAGACUUACCCUUCAGCUUGAAUGUUAUGAGGAAAAAAUUACGAUCAAAAAAGAAGAAAGCUACAACCCAAGGUCACGAUUCAUGGUAUCGGAGCACCUAAAAGUAGUUGAAAUCAAUUGUCGCAAGGAAGAUGAAACAAUUCACCAUAUUGUAAAGAUCCUUGGUACACAUGGAGUACCUCCUGAGUGCAUUAACAUCAAAUCGAAUUUCCGUGGCCUCGUGCGUUUCAGUUUCGAGUAAAGAAGUAGUUCUACUGGUCAACUAUUUCCUUGCCCAUUCGCACUUUAUGCCACUGAAUUUGGUACCUUGACAUUGCUGCGUUCUGUCUACCAGGGUUGGAUCUCUCUGUCCCGUUCUGAACUUGGUGUACAUCUAAGUGGGUUGCUUAUAUCGUGAACUCAAUAUCAGUUCUGAACUGAUUUCCCUGUUGGAAUUCUUAGUUUUAUUUAGAUGUUUGAGGAACUUAUCUAGUACCUGAACUCAUGUAAUAUGGUAUGUACGGUCUAUCAAGUAAACUUCGAUUAUGCUUAAAGAGGCCUCGUGGACUG